AUGAACAGGAGAACCAGACCUAGCAUCCCUAACUCCUUCCACAAGUACCUCAAACCCGGUGCCCUUGCUCGCAUCCGCGACUCUCGCAUCAGCGCCAGAUCUCACCGCCUCAACGCCAUCCUCCGCCACCAGAUCUCCCUUCACCGUCCUCCCUCACCAUCGCCGCUCCCUGCCGCCGAUCAGCCUCAGGCCGCUACAGACGCCGCCUUCCCGUUCUUUGUCGCCAGGAUCUGCGGUCCGCGCUGCCCGCAGCGGAAGAAACUCAUGGCCGCAAAGUCCGUCCUCUUCCUCCCCGUCUCUCCCGCCGCUGACUCGCCCGAUCUCGUCAUCGACACCUUAGGCUCCGAUCUUCUCGUCGCAAAUUGA